AUGGCUACAGAAUUGAACAAUGAUGUUAGAAUAGAGAUUGAAAAUCAUUGGAAACCUCAACUGAAAGAACAUGACAUUAAAUACAGAUCAUUACAGACAUCAGAUAAGGAACUGGCCACAUGUGAUCCUAAAUAUUAUAAAUGGACGCAGUAUAUAUUUCUAAAAAUGUUUGAAGCUGGUUUGGUUUAUAGAAAACAGGACAAAGGCUGUGAUAUAUCAUCAGACUGUAUUACUGCUGUUCAUCCAUUAACUGAUAGUGAUAUUCCUGUCUAUUAUACUGAGCAAUCUAUACAAUUAGAUAAUACUGCUGCUAGACAAGAUUCUCAUGUUGCAAUACCAAGUAUCAAUAGCAGUGAUCAAUUAGAAGCUGACAGAUUAGGUCUAUCAUGGAUUGAUGUAAUAGACAGUAAAGCUAAAAUUGUCAACUCAAAUCAGUAUGUGCCAGUGAAUAUAGAAGAUCUGCCGGUAGAAUUACCUAGAGUCAAACAAUUAUCUAAUAAAGGCUCUUCACCAUUAUCACAAAUAGAAGAAUGGGUCAACUGUCAGUGUCCAAAAUGUGGUGGAGAUGCUAAAAGAGAAACUGAUACAAUGGAUACAUUUGUUGAUUCUUCAUGGUAUUAUUUACGAUAUUUAGAUGUUAACAAUCAACAAUUACCAGUCAGUAAACAACUAGCUGAUCAGUAUUUACCUGUUGAUUUAUAUAUAGGUGGUAAAGAACAUGGUAACAUAUCAAAUGAGAAAGAGUUAUAUUAUAAAUGUUUAGUAGGUUACAUAUCAAAUGAGAAAGAGUUAUAUUAUAAAUGUUUAGUAGGUUACAUAUCAAAUGAGAAAGAGUUAUAUUAUAAAUGUUUUGUAGGUUACAUAUCAAGUGAGAAAGAGCUACUUUAUAAAUGUUUUGUAGGUUACAUAUCAAAUGAGAAAGAGUUAUAUUAUAAAUGUUUUGUAGGUUACAUAUCAAAUGAGAAAGAGCUACUUUAUAAAUGUUUUGUAGGUUACAUAUCAAAUGAGAAUGAGUUAUAUUAUAAAUGUUUAGUAGGUUACAUAUCAAAUGAGAAAGAGUUAUAUUAUAAAUGUUUUGUAGGUUGUUAUAUUAUAAAUGUUUUGUAG